GGUGGACGCCGUACGAUGCGCAUCUUCUCUCGUACAUAUUUCACCAAAUUUACAAUUUUUGAUUUUAAAAGUCAGUUUAAUUGCCAAUUUGUAUACUGUUGAUACGGAUCCACCAGCUAAACAUAAUAUUGUAUAAUAUAAAGUGUUAUUUUUAAUAAUUAAUAGUUUCUUUAUAUAUCAAAUGAAGAGUCGGUUGGUAACAUAACCUUUCAGCCGUCAUUGACUCAGUGAAAAUUUACACAUAAUUUUAGUAACAUAAUUAAAUGUUCGUAUAUUAUUUAAACUAUAUAGUGACUAACAACUUGAUAAUAAGACGAAUAAACAUUUAUAAAGUGUCAGUAUAAUUAAUUAACUGCAAAAACAUUAAAGACAUAAUAGCCAAGAACAAGAGUGGCUUCUGUGCUAAUUUAAUUUUUGGUGGAACAUCAAGUUAAUUAAAGUGUGUUAAUAUAAAACAAUUUGUUUAAUUAUCGAACAUUUUUUGUUGUUCCUUAAUUUGUGGUGUAUAUUAUUUUGGUGUAUGUCAGGCAUAUAAUUAUUGCUGCAUUGCAUAGACAUCAUCUUCUGGACCUGGUGAUUUGGGUGUGGUCCUCUGAACACUCUGCCUUAUCUUAUCUUAAAUAACUGCAGAUAGUUCUUAAUCUUACCACUACCAGCACUUUGUUAUUCUGCUCUACAUUACCUACCAAGGUUAUAAAUUAUAACACCAGGCGUCACUACUUGUUGUUAUCAAUCAGCUGUACAGCUGUAUUAUUAUAUAUACAGAAUGUCAAUAGUGAGAUCUCCAACAAGACGUAGCACAUCUCUGGACCUCAAUGGUGAUGUGUUUGGUGCUAGUAAUUUCAUGUUAAUAAACUCGCAACAAUCCAGCUCCAAUAGUACCAUGUCACAAACAUCUGGCUCAACCAUUUCUGUGGCUGAUAGACGUCCUCUUCGUCCGCGUAAAAAUACAACAUCUACUUUAACUACUGGUACACAAAUGGCUAAUGACAUUACACUUGAUCAGAUCAAGAGUCUUCUCGAUCAACAAACUGUAUCAUUUACUGUAAAUAAAAAAUUUGCAAUGAUUGAUGCUGAAUUAGGUCAGGUCAACAACAACAUACAAGCACUAAAUACAACAAUUGGCAGCAACACAACACAAAUCAAAAUUAAUACAUCAACUAUUGCUGAUAAUAAAACGAGUAUCACUCAAAUGAGUGAUGAUAUAAAUAAUGGCAAAUUAAUACUGGAACGUAUGCCAAACGUCAUUGUUUUUGGCAUACCCGAAGACCCAGAUAAUAAUUUAAAUACUAAUCAACGUAUUGUAAGUGAUAGAGGUAAAGUAAAUCAGCUCAUAAAGUCUGUUUUUGAUUCACAACCAAGUGCUGGUACUGUCAAAGUGACCUCGUCACGUAUUCACCCUCAUUCUGGAACUUUGGCAAAGGCUAGAAUGAAUGGUGAAAUUUAAUAGUAUUUUCUAUAAAGAUGUAUUUGUGCAGAGGUUUAUGGAGUUGAAGAAAUUAAAGUCACUGACAGGUUGGAUGGCCACAGUGGCUAUCUCUCAGGACUUUACACCGGCUCAACUAGCCCAAAGACGUCAACUAAGAUCUCAAUUGACUGAAAAUGGUAUCACAAAUCCAAGGAUCAGGUUCAUCAAUGGUGUCUUCAGGGUCAUGAACAACACUUACCCAACAUCGUGAUAUAAUUAAUUAUUAAAUUACUAUUUUAUUAAUAUUAUUGUUAUAUUAUUAAUUUCGUUAUAUUAUCAUGUUAUAUUAUUAUUCAUUUUGUUAUGUAACUAAUAUAUUGGUUAUCGUUGCUACAAGCUAAUUACAAGCUUCUUGCUACAUCAUACUGAUUUGAAAUGGUGUCAAUCAUCUUAUUAUAAUGUAAUGGCAUAGGGUUAUUUGUUGUAUCACUUGAUUAUCAUAUCACUUUGCUUCAGAUUAUAAUUUAAUAGGGUCAAAUUGUUUUUCUAUUCUCUUUUUUUUUUCUUACGUUCUCUGUCCUCCUCUUUGCCUUACUGUCAUUAUAAAUCAAAUAAUAAAUCAAUGUUAAAUUUAGUGUAAUAGUAAGGCAGAUGUCUCGGUAUGUAAAACAAUUUUCCCUUUAGAUUAAGUUUAAAAGUUUCUAACGAUAAUUAAUUUGAUGCAACAUAAUCAUAUGUAAUUACCCCUUUCUUAUACUAGCUUUGUAGCACAUUUGAUAGCUAAUAUAUCAUAUUAUUAUUAUUAUU